UUGCGCCCGACACCUGAAUAGGCAAAUGGUUACACGUCCGAAGCCACAAGAAGACCAGGUGCAAAUAGCUGUCGCUUUUUAUCGCUACUUUCUGCUCUAUGAUUGGAUAACCGCACAAGUGUUUGAGGCAAAAUCUACACGGAAACUAAACAAAUCUUGAUAACCAAACAGACUAGCGACUCGAACUUCACUCAAUAACUUCAAAGAAAUCUAAGUAUCAAAAGGAGAAAUUCUGAUAAAUUUGCGAUUUUAGUUUAUUUCCGAAGAAUCAUUUUAUAACAACAGGAUGUCUGUCAAACUCUUUUACGUUGAUUUUGAAGACGGAGGCGAUAAUUUUUUCAAAGAGGCUCAAAACUUUACUAUGACCUCGAAUGCGCAGAAACAUAAUCGCGUAAACGUGUUCCACAAAAAAGACUGCCAAGGAGCGCUCUACAUCUCCCACAUGGAGUGCAUCGUCAAGUACCCGUCGAGUACAUAUGGCCCAGAUGCAUCAUGGGUGUCCUUAGUGUCGACCCUCACUGUUGAUAAAAAGCUCGUCUCGAGACCUAACGUCACUCUCUACUUGGUGUCCGCUCACGAGAAACGCUUAACGGAACUCAUAGCUUUGCUAAAAAUCACUCACGCCACGACUGUGAACACUGGAAGUGUCUCAUUCGUGGACUGUUUUGAUUCGGUUUGCAAACUCUGUAAGAUUAUUUUCAAAGAUGACACGGAAAAGGAAGGCCAUGACCGCAUGAAUCACCUUCUUCUUUGCGAUAAUUCGCACUGCGAGCGCAGCAAGAGAGGGAACGGCUUUUUGAACAAGGUAGAGCUUGAUGAGCACAUUGCCAAGCAACGCAAGUGUGACAUCUGUACUUCCGGUGCAUCCGCUGGUCUGAAAUUUUGCAGUGUCGCCAAGCGUGACGACCAUAUGCGCACUGCGCAUGUGCGUCGCGUAAAUGGAAUCCGCAGCGCUUCCGUUCUCGACGGGCGCAGUGAAGACCAUGUCUUGCACUUCCGGUAUAGCUUAUGCCCAUUACCGUGCUUUGCCGAGACUACAUGCGUACAGCGGUUUCGCACAUUAUCAGAACAAGUACUUCACCAUGUGACUUGGCACGGUUCUAAGUUCCCGUAUGUGUGUAUGGCCUGUGUGAGCACGUACGCACAGCCAGUGAGACUGGGUACAAAGUCAGCGCUAAUUGAGCACGCCAAGCUGAUGGCGCAUGCGCAACACGAGGUUUUCUUACAAUAGUAGGACCCUUAUAACAAGAUAAAUCAAAAUGAUAGCAGCGAGUGUGUCACACCCCUCUUGCAACGAUAGAUCAAAACACCAAAAUAUUAAAGACUUUGAAACAAUUUUGUACAGUGAAGUACAAUCGUAAGGACUUUGAACCAAUUUUGUACAGUGAAGUACAAUCGUAAAAUCUUUGAACCAAUUUUGUACGGUGAAGUACAGGGAAGUACAAUCAAAACCUUACUAAAUCCAAAAUGUUCUCUCUCACAUUUACUAUAAACUUGACCCCUAUUUAGCGGUCACCUCUAUUAAGCAGGCAGAGUUACCAUAUAGAAGGUCUUGUUUGCCAACUUGUGUCUGACCUCUAUUAAGAGGUCACCUGGUGAAGCUCACCCAGUUUGUAGUUCCAUUUUGCCAGGUUUUCCUCCGACUGGAAUGUUUUAGAUAGCAUUUAAUGACCGGUCAACCACUUUGAAGCUGUCACUUGCACAAGUCCCGAUGCUGACCGCUUUAUGGAAGUUAAACUAUUAUUUAAUGUAAUGAAUGUUUGAAUUUAUUAAUGUAUAAAUUAAUGUUAUUUAUUCUAGAUGUACUCCUAAGAAGCAAAAAGGCUUUUCGAUCUUCUCCUUGCAAGAAAAACGCAGCAUGAGAAACAAAAGAGAGCGAGGAAGACAGCUAAUCAGAUAUGAGCGAGGAUUUUGAUGAUGGAGAAUAAGCGCGUAUGGCAUUAAAAUGUUUUGUUUAUAUUUUAGAUAUGGAACAUAAGCAUUUUAUAUCAUUAUAUAGCGGAAACCAUGAAAAGAUGUAUACAGGUUUGCAUUGCAUAGAUAACACGUGGCUUUAUACGUA